CACAUCCACUGGACAGAUUAGUCAAAUACGGGAAGAAGGACAGACAUGAAGGAAUGGACUCACGACCCCAAGACACCUUUUAAGAGGAGAUAAACUGGAUAAUUAUACAUGCGUCUGCGCACCAAGAGAACCAGGAGCCGGAGCUUCGGGUGAUAUAUGGCCGGCAGAGAGAAGCUGCUUUGACCGCGGGGGCUGACUUUUGACCGGACACUUCUGCUGGGCCCGUUACUCAUUACCACCAGAGGAGACACUGUAAACAGGCCUUACACGCGCCAGUGCACAUAGCUCUUCGCAGGCAGAUCUGCCUGUAGCCUACCUGAACCCACCAGUGUGUGGGGCUUUUAUCUCCUACUGGCCCGACGUGGCCUCACCCUGACUGAAUCCUGCAGGUCCCAUCUUCCUCCAGCAUGACGGUUGCUACCAGCGAUCCUGCGGACGAAUCUGCAGCACAUCCAGGUCCGCCUCAUGACCAGUACGACCCAGACCUGGAUCACGAGUGCUGCGAGAGGGUCGUCAUCAACAUUUCAGGCUUGCGCUUUGAGACGCAGCUGAAGACUCUCUCCCAGUUUCCAGAUACGCUGCUGGGGGAUCCUAAGAAAAGGAUGAGGUAUUUUGAUCCUCUCCGUAACGAGUACUUUUUUGAUCGAAAUCGACCGAGUUUUGAUGCUAUUCUGUAUUAUUACCAGUCAGGAGGGAGGCUACGGCGUCCUGUUAACGUGACCCUGGACAUUUUUUCGGAGGAGAUCCGGUUUUAUGAAUUGGGUGAAGAGGCUAUGGAAAUCUUCAGGGAGGAUGAAGGUUUCAUAAAGGAAGAGGAGCGGCCUCUGCCAGAGAAUGAGUUUCAGAGACAAGUGUGGUUGCUGUUUGAGUAUCCAGAGAGUUCAGGUCCUGCGCGCAUUAUUGCCAUCAUCUCUGUCAUGGUGAUUCUUAUCUCUAUUGUCAGCUUCUGUCUGGAGACAUUGCCAGUUUUCCGAAAUGAUGAUGAGGAUAUGUACAAUUAUCCAUUGCAGUCUAUGUCCAACGCCACCUUUACCUAUGACAGCUCGGCCUAUUAUAAAGACCCUUUCUUCAUCGUAGAGACCCUCUGUAUCAUCUGGUUCUCUUUUGAGUUCCUAGUCAGGUUCUUUGCCUGUCCCAGUAAAGCUGGAUUUUUUGGCAACAUCAUGAACAUUAUUGAUAUUGUGGCAAUCAUCCCUUACUUUAUCACCCUGGGUACAGAGCUAGCAGAGAAGCCAGAGGACGGCCAGGCAGGCCAGCAGGCUAUGUCUUUGGCUAUUCUCCGUGUCAUUCGUCUAGUCAGGGUGUUUCGUAUCUUUAAACUCUCACGUCACUCCAAGGGACUCCAGAUCUUGGGCCAGACUCUAAAGGCAAGUAUGCGUGAGCUGGGCCUCCUCAUUUUCUUCCUGUUCAUCGGUGUGAUCCUCUUCUCCAGUGCUGUCUACUUCGCAGAAGCAGACGAGCCAAAUUCCCAGUUCAGCAGCAUCCCUGAGGCCUUUUGGUGGGCCGUGGUUUCCAUGACCACCGUUGGCUAUGGAGACAUGGUCCCAACAACCAUUGGAGGAAAGAUUGUUGGUUCUCUCUGCGCCAUUGCCGGUGUACUGACUAUUGCCCUGCCUGUACCUGUCAUCGUGUCAAACUUCAACUACUUCUACCACAGAGAGACAGAGGGCGAGGAACAGGCACAGUAUCUAAAUAGCCCGAGUGUGCCUAAAGCCAGCUCAGCUGACGAUCUGAAGAAGAGUGGUCGGAGCGGCAGUGGGUCCACUCUCAGUAAAUCUGACUAUGUGGAGAUCCAGGAGGCUGUGAACCAUAGCACUGAGGACUUCCGACCAGAGGCCGUAAAAACAGGAAACUGCACCCUGGCCAACACUAACUAUGUAAACAUCACUAAGAUGCGUACAGAUGUCUAAUGAGCGCUACUGUUGAUUACAAACUUCAACUGGGGUCUGUAACGGGGGGAUGAAGGUGUGACUCCAUGUAUUGACUAACGUAUGACGCCCAAUAUGGGAGUCCAGAGAAGAUGAGUGGGAUUAACUCGGACACUCUAGAGGACCUCAUGUUCUCCCACAUCUAAUGGACCUAUCAGCGCAUAUCAUAGAAUUGCCACCCGUCUUAUUUAGGACAUUGUCUGUGUCUGCAUGGAGUUAGUCUUACCUAUGUGACAGUAGUCAUCCUGCUCGCAACAGUAGCCAAAUAGUAGCCUAACCAGUAAUAACCAAUAUUAACAGCAUAACGGGACCACUAGUUUCUACCUUAUUGCUCAAACUGCCACUGGGAGAAGAUGCAACAAUGACAACGAUUUAGAUCAGCAUAACAUUUAAUUUUAAAUGUAACUUAACUUAUUAACUUGUGAUUGAAAACAGGCCAUACUACUAUAAGCAUUCAUGAGCAACUUUAAUUUGCUGCUCUAACUGCCAAGGUCCUGACUCAGAGAAAAACAAAAUCACCAAGAUCACAGCUGUUCUGUCAGGGGAAAACUGAAGUGCGCAACAAAGAGUGAGAGAAAGACAAAGAGAGGGAGAGAGAGAGAGAGAGAGAGAGAGAGAGAGAGCGAUACUAAUACGCUUUUAGCCAAAUGGUCAUUUGUUGCUCUCUCUGUCAGAGAAAAAAAACCUGAGCGCAAUAGCAUUCCUCCCCAGGCUCUCACUAGAUAUUGUGUUGUAGAAGCUAGUGGCUUCUGUAGAGACCAACAGAUAGAUGACAGUGCUGUGCUGUAAUUCUGGACCACAAUAGCACACCUUCUUUUUCCUGCCAGUUUUCUUCGAUGAAGCUCAAGUGGAUCUACAGUAUAUACACUCUCACCAAGACUCUGCCUUUUUUUUGUUUCCAGCCAGUGUAGGCUAAAAGGUGGACCGAAGAAAUGUCUGUUAAACAGAGUGAAUGUUUAUUUAUUGAUGCGUUUAUAUUUGAUUUGUGGUAAUGUAUGCCUUUUUAGUAAUAUGAUGAAUGUGUGCUUCUCACCUACAUCUUUUUUAUGGUUAAGAUACGUGAUGUAGAAUAUUUUCUCUGCAGCGUUCUGAGUGAGUGCCUACUUCUCCAUCCUCUUAACUUUACCUUAAAGUGUCUGUUUAGCCUCCACCCUGGUUCAAUGUAACAGACGUACAGUGAGAGGUUUUCAGUUUGACACCACUGCCCAGCAUAUAUGCUGCUGUUCUUGACUUCAUAGCAUUCCCAUGUCUGUAUAACAAAUACAGUGAGAUUAAGGAGCAAACUAGGGGGAGAUUUUAGUUUGUUGUUUUUGUCAGAAGCUAAUUUCAAACAAGGUUUAUGGCAGUAAAGUUAACUAGUUUUAUGUAUAAGGCUUUUUAUGGUAUUCACUCGAAAAGGCCCACAACCAAAGAAAGAGCUCAGUGAUCAACUAGAAUUAAUCUAUGAAACCUUUAUGGUCCAUCUUUUGUCAUAGCAGCAAUGACAGCUUUGUGUUAUUCAGUCUUGCUGGUUAAGUGGCAAAAGGCAAUGUCAGUGUUUAAGUCUACUUUAAGCUUUAAAAGCUCAUUAGCAAAACAGGUCAAAUUGAUUGCUCUUACCUAAUCAAACUGAUAAAUAAUUUUAGCCGGUCCUGCACUACCUACCAUAUAUUUGUGCCCUUAAACUAUUGAAAAUUAGUUAACUUUGCCUGCCUCUGGAACAAGCUAAAAGUGUUCAAUUAUUAUAUCACCAAAGACAAAUGUGCUGCCACCUGGCACACUGUAUCUUUGGUUAAUUAUCUGUAGGAUUAUUUUUGUUCUCAGUAUUUCUUUUUCUUUUUGACAAUCCUGCAUUGAGUUUGAACAAUCAUUCCAUUGGCACAUUUAGCCCACAUAAUCCAGGACCUGGGCUGUGUGUCCAUCAGCUUUAUAUCGAAUAGAUGCUAUUCUGCUUCUGUAGUGCUGCAUGUUCUUUGAAGUAUUCAUUGUAGCAUGAAUUAGUAAGAAUAAUACUUAAAAAGCAAAUUGACAUCAAUAUAUUCCUAUAUAUCUACUGCCGCUAUGUGCAAUAUACUGUAUGAAAGACAAGUGUCUUGCUUUAGAAGUAUGUGUCAUGCAUAUGCAUCUUCUUGACUCCAGAACAGGGAUAGAUAAACAUAAGAUCCACAGUUUAGACGUCUGCACAUUCAAAGUAUUUUUAGUCAGUUGCAGUCACAACCAGUAACUGUGUCUCAUAGAGAAAGCACAACAACAGCUACUAUCUGCUGCCAGCCCAGUGUAUGACCAGAUUCAUACAGUCAGUUGGUCAGACUUUUUGCCCAGCCAAGUGAUUCAUAAUGCUCCAAGAGACUGAGUGCGCUUAUUUCUGAUAUAUAGGUCCAUCAAGCUUUGUGUGUGUGUGUGUGUGUGUGUGUGUGUGUGUGUGUAUGUGUGUGUGUGUGAGAGAGAGAGAGAGAGAGAGAGAAACAGAUAGAGAGACAAAGAGAUUGUGAGAAAUAGAGAGCUUUUAGAUACGCACAAGCUAAGCGUGUAGCUCUCAGAGGCAAGGUGGUAGCAGUUAUCUAAAACACUGCUCUUCUUGACUCCAGGCCACUAUGGUGCUCUGUAUAUUCUAUUCCAUCCUAGCACACUGUUUACAGCCUGUGUAUAUGUUCAACACAUGCAUAUAGUAUAUUAAACAAAGGGAAGGAAUGUCCUGCCACACUCACUAUAGAUGAGAUCUAUGAGCAUGUGACUCAUGAGAUAAGCUGCAGUAUCAGCCAAUUACUGGGCAUUGAAGGAAAGAGAGGAAAGGUUGGGAGGCAAAAUACGAUAAUGAAAGUAAGAUAAAACACUGCCCACACCCUCUUUUGCUGUUUAAUCUGAUGUGUACUUGUUUUUUUCUAAACUGUUCUUGUGUACCGGAACACCUUUGUGACUUUAUGUGGCUGGAAAGCUUCGCCUGGACUUCUGUCGUCUCCACUCCCGUUAGCAAGCACACUACUGACGUUACACUCUGACAAAAACACUCUCUUCUAGAAGCCGACAGGACGUCACAUCAGGAUCAUCUUAACCAAGGGAAACUCAUCUUUGCUGUACUCCACAGACAAGAGGACGCUUGACACACACAUACACAAACGCUGGACAUUUGAACACAUACAGCCGGUGUGCACACACGGCCUGGGAUGGUCCCGUCUGCUGUCAAGACAGACUCCUGAGGUUCUAUUAAACGUCAAGGCCACAAAGUGAAUGGACUUAAAACCCACCGCUGAUGGUGAACACACAUAGCCAUGUAAACAAUGUAUCUAGGAGUUACAGCUGCUUUCAACGAUGUCUUAAAAUGCCUAAAGCUCCAGCUUCAAAACAAGCUUCUGCCAUGUACCGAUUCCUGUGUAGCAGGGAAUCGAAGUGUAUGCUUGCUGAAUUAAUCCAAAAAACUAAAGUUGUAUAGGUGAAUUAUCUCUUAGGUUUGAUAUGCUCCAGUGACUAAGGAUGGAAGUAUAUUAAGAAAUCAAAAACAAAACUAUAAUUUCUGUGAGAACUUUAACUUAUUUGUGUCAUCAGACACUGUACAAAUGGACUGUUGUUUGUUUUUUUCACUAUGUUUUUCUAUUUGAAUGUUAUUGUUGGCUCACCUCUGAGCCUCACAUGGUGCAGGGGCUGAGGUUUGACUGAAAUACACAUGCAGGCCUUGGUCAAAUAGAUUCUGUCUGUACUGUCUUAAUACAUAUUUACCCCAGACA